AUGACUACUGUUUAUGUUCCAGUUCCAAUACGUGUGAUGAAAAAUCGCAAUGCAUAUGUAAGUCUGUGCAAGUAUUAUUUCUUCGUCUUCGGUAUUUUUCCUAAUUUUUUCGUUUUAAUUUCUUUCUUUUGUUUCUUUUCUCUUGUCUCCUCCCCUUCCUCUUUACUUAAUUUGUCUCUUUCUUUCUUUAUUUUUCCUCAUCUCAGGUAUCUCUACCUUUCUUUCUUUCUUUUUUUUCUUCUUUCUUUUUUGCAGGCGUUUUUUUCUUCUUUAAUAUUUACUGCUAACUUUCUUUCCUUCUUUCUCUCUUUUUUUUUCUUUAAACUUAUCUCAAUGCUUUCUUUCUUUUCCUUUACUACUAACUGUUCACUUUCUUUUUUUCGGAUUUAUUUGUAUGCUUUCUUUCUUUCCCUCUUCCUCCCUUUCUUUAUCUUUAAUCUUAGUUAUAUCCUUUCUUCCUUUGAUUUGUAUGUUCUUAUUUUACCUUUUUCUCUUAUCUUUCUUAUUCCUCGAUUGUUUAUUCAUCGUUCCGUCUUUUCUUUAUCUUUGAAUAACUUUAUUUAUUUUCACCCUUAUGUUCUUAUAUCUUUCUAUAUUUUUCAUCUCGUUGUCGCAUCGUCUGCGUUCGUUAUUUUAUUUAGAAUCUAUUCUACUUCUUUUGCCAUUUAUCCGUUUCGCCCUCCGCUAUCACUUAUAAAUUUCAUCCAUUGCACUACUUUUUACUCCGCUCUUCUCCUUAUUAUUCUCUGUGCUCCGCCUUUCCGUUCAUAUUUUUGCCUUUUUUUACGACGAUUUAAAACGUAUUCCAUAAAUUCAAAUGUCAUUUCUCCCGAAUUACCUCCCUUUAGCGAAGACAACUUUUCAGUCUGCCAUUCGCACCGCUAUCACUCAUAUCACAACAGUUUAUUAUUAGAUAAACAUGUGAGUAUUGAAUCCGAAAAUUCUAUAAACCAAGAACACAAACCAGGGUUCAUAAAUAUAAUUAAACUGGGUCUCAGACGUUUUGACAAUUCACACCAAAGGUGA